UAGUCCGUCGCCGUGGGUUGGACAAUUCCAAGGAGAUAUUUGUAAAUAAAUCGAAUAUUUUCAACAUGAAAUUUUUUUUGUGGGCCGUUACUCUGGCAAUUUUGGCCGCUUAUUCAAAGGCCGAAGUUGAAGAGGAAGUCGCCACGAAAUUUAAAACUCGCGAACACGCCGGAACCGCAGAGCGCGACAAGCUCUUCGACAAGCUUUUUACCAACUACCACAAGGAUAACUACCCGGAAAACACGACCGUCAGUGUGGGCGUGUCUCUCAUGGAUGUCAGCUUUGAUGCCGAUAACGAUAUCAUGAACACAAAUGUGUGGAUGCGAAUGACCUGGACCGAUAACCGAUUUACUUGGGACGAGUCCGAAUACCACGUGGGAGUGUUGCGCGUUCCCGCCGAGAAAGUGUGGCAGCCCGAUAUUACCUUGUACAAUGGCGUGCAACCGAAUAUGGACUGUUUCGAUACAAACACGCUGAUCUACCCGAACGGCAAGGUUUUGUGGGUGCCGCCCUGCCGGCUGCAGUCCUACUGCAACCUGACCUUAAACCACGGUCCGUACGAGGAACAAAUCUGCACCCUGAAAUUCGGCUCGUGGACCUUUGACGGGUACACGAUGGGACUGGAACUCUACGUGGAUAAAAAUAAUACUCUCAUCGACGUGGAGUACUAUCACAACCGGAAGUACAAGGUCACUCAAAAUACGGCGGUGCGAGAAGAGAAGAAAUACGACUGUUGUGUCGAACCCUAUUUAAAUGUCCUGUACACCAUCGGAUUCCAAAGGAAACCGGAAGGAGGAGAAACUUGCGAGAAACACUGAUGAGCCGAAAUGAGGCCGGGUUUUACUGAUGGACGUGUGGGCGUGUUUAAUGGAAUGAAAUACUUUCUUAAUCUGAUUAUAAAAAAUUAAUAAUUAAUUUCAAAAAUUGUGAAACUAUUUUUUUGCUAUAAGAUCGUUGUUGAAUAAAUUUGUAAACGUUAUUAAUAUGCAUCAAACA